AUGAGCAGUGGACAAUGGAAUGCUUCAGAACCAAAGUGCGAAGGUAUAACAAGCUUAUGGAGUACAAAGCUCUAAAAUAGAAGCCUAACUAUAAAAGUUAUUGUCUAUGCACCCUCUUUACUCACAAAUCAACUCAUUCAAUUGCAAUUUGUUUGCAGAAAAGUGUUCUGAUCCGUCAAAAGGUACAAAUGCAAGAGUGAUAGGAAAUGAGUUCUACCAUGGCAAGGAAGUGGAAUUCGUUUGCACCGAAGAUGUUAUUCUAAUUCCUGAAUCAUCGAGGAAGUUAACGUGUGAAAACGGAAAAUGGAAUGGAUCAUUACCGUCAUGUAAAGGUAUGAAAAUAAACCAGCUGAAAUCAAUAUUGAAAAUUCCGCAGGAUUCCUGUGAAAAAUUAUUUAUUAAUUAGCGUGAAAAAAAUGUCGAAAAUAUAUAGACACGCAAUUUUCAGGAUUUUCAUUAGAGCUUCCAAAUUUUGCUGUCAUAGUGCUAUGACUGGCUCCUAAUAAGAAAUUACAUGUCUGAUACCCUAAUGGAUAUUUUAAACCAUGGUAUAGCUAGCAUUUUAGCGCAAAGGAUCUGCGAUAGGUUAUUGUAAAUUUGAACCUCAAAUACAGUGCAGAAAUUAACUAAAUAAGCAAAACCCAUCACACAAGGUAAUAAAUGAUAAUCUGAAAGUUGAAUAUUUCAAUAUAAUUUCAAUCUUGAUGGAGAGAGUAGCAAUUAAAUAUCGGCAUAGGACCGCAAACUUAUGACCAAUGAAUUUCUAGCGCCCUGUAAUAUUUUGUGUAUAAUAUGCCAUAUAUUUGAAAGAUAAGGAAAUCAACUGAUUAGAAAGGCCAGCUUGGUCUGAAAAAUUAAGGCGUUCUUUGCGAAGACCAACGACGACUAAGAAGCGUUCGAGUUAUCCGGGAGUGAGGCAUACGAAAAUUAUAAGAACCAUAGGCUAAAUUGAGGUAGAGGAGCAAUUAGUUCCGUUUCUCCCAAUUCAAAGGAAACAGCCGAAAAUUUUAGUUUAUUUGCAUAUAGGAAUUUUCCAGAAUUUUCCUUGGGGCUUCCAAAUUUGAUACUAUGGUCUUUACUGAUACUCUCGUGCAUGUCUUAGGAACGUCGGGCUCAUCAAAGCAAUCAUAUUUAAUACCGGAUUGCCUUUUCAUUGAGUGUGCAGUCCUCAAACCUACUAUACCUGUAUAAUUAUUAUAUAAGCUGUUAGUUAUUCCUGCCUUUGAAAUGUAUCUUUCAUUUUUCUAUUGUUAGCUUCAUGUCCAAGUCUGUCAAAAAUACGUAAUGGUGUUAUAAAUGGAGGUGAUCGAACACAUGGAUCACUCAUUCUAUUCACCUGCAAUGGUGGUUAUCAGCUGAUUGGGGUAUCCAGUGCGAGAUGUGAUGACGGACAGUGGUCAGAAACAGUCCCACGAUGCUUAGGUUUGUAUUUUACGACAACGAGUUUGAAUACAUUUUGUUCGAAUAAAUUGUAAUAUAAAGUACGAAAUGGGAUGGAUGUUCAAUCUGCAAUAUCACACAGACAAGGAUGAUUCCAGUGCGCAUACACAACCAGGGGCGCACAUCUAAGGAAUUUCUAGGGGGGUGUGGGCCACUUGGGGACCGACUUUUUGAUAUUCAAAAAGAAAUUAAACAGAGGGGUAAAAAACAAUUCUGCAAAAACAUCAUGCCACAGAACAGGGACGUGGGAAUGUAUUGAAAUUUUCAACAUUUAGAAUCUCUAGGUCGCCGGAAACGACCAUUUCAGAGUCUUAACUCUACCUUUUCGGUAGGCUCGUUCAGGUGUAUGAACGAAGGAUUAAGAAAAUUCAUCCCUUAUUUAAUAGUUCGCUCAAUUUCUGCAUUUGUUCAAUCUGUUCCAGAUCAAUAGAAUCAGAUAAGUCUUUUUCUGAACUGAAGAAUCAAAACAUAUGUAUAGGCCUAUGAGCUCGCGUGUGAAUACCAGGACGUGUUUAUUAGUAAUGUGUAUGAGCUGUCAUGAGAAUAUCCGUUCGCAGGCCUCAGGUACGAAAUCGGAUAGUAGCAGAAAGAGAGAGACGAGUUUAUUUUUUCGAAUAUAAUUGUUACUUUCGUCCGUCCAUAUAAAAUACUGAAAAUAAUGAAAAGUAGAAGUGUAUAAUAACAACUAGCAAAACAAUGAAAUUGAGAUAAUAAAUAAUCUGAAUUAACCAUCUAAACCUUAGCAGGUGCGCUACGAUUUGACGUUUAAAAAUCAAGAAAUAGUUUCUUACACAUUAACACAUACACAUAGGCUUGUUCAUAACAUCUUACCAACCGGCUCUUGUGUUGUCGGUCCCAAUUCACGGAGUCGGACAGAAGUAACAUUAAUUCUUAUACCCGAAUUUUGGGACCAAGUUUUCGCAGAGUAUCAAGGAAGAAUGGGACCGACUUUUAGUGAUAUUCGGACGUUUCGUUAUAAACUGAUUGGUGUGUCGAGUGUUUCGUGUAAUGAUGGAAGCUGGUCAGGAAAAAUACCACGUUGCUUGGGUUUGUAUUUAACAAUAUUUUGUAUGAUGACCUUAAAUGCAUUUUUUUAUCUUAGCCUAAUUUCAGAUGAAAUCAGACAGAACUGUCACAGUUCUUGCAGCGAAUGUACUGGAUUGUCGAAUAAAAAUAGAUCGAACAGUACGUUGUUGUGGGAAAACCACGACAAUAACUUCUACACGUAUAAGACCAUAUGCUUGGGAAUUUAGGAAUUGGGAAUUCGCUCAAAGACUCCAAAAACUGCAAAAUACUGCAGCUAGAGUUAUCACUUGUAGGGGUUCUCAAGUCAGACCUAUAACUUUCCCAAAUAAGAAAUAGCCAUAAACCCAUAAUGAUGUACAAAAUACUAAAUAAUAUAACAUUACAUUCUAACGGUAUUUCAUUUGUGUAUUAUUUAGCCAUUUGCAGGCAAAUUUCAACAAUUAAGAACGGUCGUGUAGUUGGAAGUGGCAGUUUGGAAGGAGAAAAAGUUACUUUUGUUUGUAAUAAAAACUACGUAAUAGUAGGACAGAGGGUUCUAAGAUGUACAGGCCAUGGACGAUGGAAUGCCUCAGAACCAAGAUGUGAAGGUAAGCGAAUUUUCAUUCUUUAUGAGGGAUUUUUGGCUACAAGCUAUGAGGGCAAGUUUAUAAACACGGUUUAAAUUAUCGCGUUCCUCUAGCUAAAUAAAAAAAGUUUCUUGUAUAAUUAUCAUGUAAUAGAAUCUUAAGAAAACUUGGAUAGUAUCAAUAUACACUUACUGGAAAUAACAAAGAUUCUAUUGCAAUUGUCGCAUUCAAGAUUAUUGGUGAGCGAUAUUGAGCAAUAUCACAUGCAUCAUUAACGACCCAAUUCAAAUCGCACAUUUGCUCCGCUGCUGAAUUCAUGCGACAAUUUAAAAAAUUUAACGGUUCAUGAAAUGAAAUGACGGAAAAGAAAAUGAACAUUUUUAUCCAAGUAGGCAGCUGGCGUGGUUGCUGAAGCUAAAGGAAGAAUUUGCCACCUUACAUCUAUUUGCCGAUGAAAAAAUUUAUAUUGAUAAAAAAAACCAUUGCAUUUUGUAAUGCCAUUUAAUUCCUCUCACGGAUGUGAAAGUUCGUGCACUUUGCAUGUCUCAAUAGUUUUAUUACAAACACUUUAUUAUACCCGAAUUUCUUCACAGAAACGUGUCCGGAUCCGUCAAAAAAUACCAAUACAAAGGUCAGCGGGAAUGAAUUUUACAACGGCAAGGAGGUGGAAUUUGUUUGCCCUAAAGAUUAUGUUCUAAUUCCAAAAGAAUCGAGGAAAUUAAAAUGUGAAAAAGGAAGCUGGAAAGGCAUAAUUCCGUCGUGUAAAGGUACAACAUUUAUGUCAUUUCAUGUUUGCUUCUCUGCAAUCAGUUUUCUUUAUUAUAACAUGUAUACUGCAUGUGUGCAAGUCUGAAAUAUACUAAUUUUUUUCUUCUUUUUUUUCUUUCAACAAUGAAGGGCCUACAUUACUGUGGUCCACACACGAAUUUAUAUAACCAGAUCUAGCCAGCAUUAGAGACAUCAGUCUAGUGGUAUGCGUUGCGAGAAAAAAUCAUUCGUUUGUGUUAUAACAGUGAUAAUGCAUUAUAUUGUACUUCAUGUUUACAGUAGGGCCUAUUACUUGAAAGCCAGGAAGAUGUAUAAUCUUGUGAACUAUUCUUCACUACUGACUUAAUAUUCUUUCACGUUGGUAGGGCAAGUAGGAUGUGUGUAUAUGUCAUUUAGUUAUCUUGUAUUAUGAAAUAACGGGGAAUAUAUAUAUAUAUAUAUAUAUAUAUAUAUAUAUAUAUAUAUAUAUAUAUAUAUAUAUAUAUAUGCAUAUAUAUGCCUAUAUAUAUAUAUAUAUAUAUAUAUAUAUAUAUAUAUAUAUAUAUAUAUAUAUAUAUAUAUAUAUAUAUAUAUAUAUAUAUAUAUAUUUGAAAGGAAAUUGCAUCCUUUCACUAUACACAGACACUGAAUGAAGACACUAGACUGGAGUGUCGAAACGUUGGGUCUUGAUUACAAUUCGACUGGGCUUUGUAAUCAUUUAUUUAAACCAGAGUAGCGAGCGAAACAUGAAAAAGGAUAUUUGUCAAAUAUAACUGAGGGAGGCCAAAGCGCUUCCUACAAAUUGGGCCCGUGACAUACAUUACACGCAAAAAGAUAUUCAAUCUACUUAUAACAUUUGCAAAACGUAUUUAAUAUCAUGACUUAAAAUGAACAAAGUUUAGUAAAGCAGAUAAACACUGUGAAUAAUAUGUUACAGUGAGGCUUAGCGCUUUUGAACGUUUUAUGUGGUACAAUAAUUCUUUUAACUUAUUUUUCUGUGCUGCUGAGGCAAUGCUUUUGAAACGACAGUUUUCGACGGUUAUUCCGGCCAUUGUGUGCAGUUUCAUGGAGAACCAAAUACCCAAAUACCAUUUUUAUUAAAAAUAGAAAAAAACCCAAUUUUUUUAGUUGGAAAAACGUUAGUUCUGAAAAAGUGACGCUUAGAACACGCAAGAACGUUUCAAGAGUAGAUAUGUUCAACAGAAAUUACUUUGUUUUUACUAUAUACCGAAAAACUUUUAACGUUUUUGUAAAUACACAAAUGAUACAGCACUUGCUGCAUCAACAUUUGCGUUUGCGCCGUUAAAGAACUUUAUUUUUUUAAACCUUUAGUCAAACUGCGAAUUAGACAGCAAUAUGCAAAACUUAAAAAACGUGGUCUUAGUUUUAUUUAUAUACUUGUCCAUGUAUGCAGUUUUCUGGUCAGACUCAAUAUGACGGAUUCACAACCGCACGCAUGGGCAAAAGUGCAGACGUGGUUCACGAUUAAGAAGCCAUUCGUAUAUAUUAUUUCCAUGAUAUGUUUUUCAAAAAAUUAGAAAGCAAAUAAUUAUCCAGAUUAUUCAGCUUCUUGCAAUUCUGAUCAGUCAUUCGAUAGCUUGCUGCUGGGAGGAGGAAAGGGCAAUUACUAUCUACAGAUUAGGCUUUAUUCAAAGUUUUUUCAAUUUUCAAGAUUUUCUAGAUUUCAACUUUUCGAAUUAAUCUUCAUUAUAGCGUCAUGUCCAGCUAUGUCCAAAAUACCGAACGGCGCUUUAAAUAGCCGCAGUCGAACACAUGGUUCAUUUAUUCAGUUCGUGUGCAAUGGUGACUAUCAGUUGAUUGGCGCUUCCAAUGCUAGAUGCAAUGAUGGAAUAUGGUCCGAAAAAUUACCACGGUGCAUAGGUGUGUACCUUAUACACGAUGUCAAUAUUGUUAAUUCCUGCUUUGAGUGGCACUUUAAAUAAAAAUAUGUUCAAUACUAUAGACAUGCUCCGACCACAUUUUAAAAUAAAAGAAAAUUUUAAUUAAAGGUAAUAUAAUAAUGAAAUAGCACAUGUCUAUUGUAAACGCACAAAUUUAUUAUCGAUAAUACCGCAUAUUUUGUACUUAGCCAUUUGCAGGAAAAUAUUUUCCAUUAAAAAUGGAGAAGUCAUUGAAAGUAGAACGUUGGAAGGGGAUGAAAUAAGCUUUGUUUGCAACGAAAAUUACCUCUUGGUUGGAGAAAAUGUUCUAAGAUGUACAAGUAAUGGGAGAUGGAAUGCUUCAGAACCAAAGUGCAAAGGUGAUCAAAAGUUUAUAAACCAUAAAGCUUCCACAAAUUUAUCCGACGUCCACUUUGAAUUGUAUAUGUCCAUUAACAUUGAGGUAUUUCAUUGUUAGUCAAUACGAUCUAAGGCAGCUGCUUAAAUCCUCGAGGAACCUGUGGGGCAGAACGUGUACCCUAGUCAUUUUGGGAUACUUGCACUAUAAUAUCAUAAUCAGUCAUAAUAUAAACGGGGAUAGAACACAAAUGCAGCAAAAAAAAUAAAAAAAUAAAGGACUCGUAAAAUACAAAAUGUAUCAGAAAGCAAGAAGGAAAAUACCAAAACAAAGCAUUUUUUCUAUAAUUCCUCGUCCAAGAUUAGUCGUCUUGGCGUUCGUCGAAUUUGUUGUCUCGACAAGUUUUGGGCAAAAAGAUGCAGCAUAUAUAUAUAUAUAUAUAUAUAUAUAUAUAUAUAUAUAUAUAUAUAUAUAUAUAUAUAACAAUUUCUACUAAUGUUAAAUGUUAUACUGCGAUAAUGCACUCGGGGAAUGUUGGGAGAAUACUCGAAAAGCCUGAGUGUAAAACACACUUCUCUCAUAUUCUCCCGAUAUUCCUCUUGUGCAUUAGCACCAGUCGCAUUGGUCGUAACUAUCGCGAACGUGUUGUAAUUGUCGUCAGAGUAAUGUUCGCGACCACAUGGAAACACAAAGAGAAUCCUGUCGAUACACGCUGGCAAGAGUUGACGACAUUUACAAUACAGAAAGUAAGUUGAGUUCGAGAAAGUAAGUUGAGUCGAGUUCUAUCUCAACGACAGUGGCGAAAGUCUCAGAACGUGUGGUGAAUGUUAUUUUUUAAUGGUGAAACAGAAAAACGACAUCGUGGCAACAGCUUUGCGACAAUCUGGUGGGGGGCACAUGUCCCAUCGGUGGGGGGAGAAGUCGUCCGUGUUCGUCUUUUCAAAACUGCUGGCAGCUGCUUGUAUGAUCCCUGGGUACAAAUUUGCGACAGUGGACGACAGUUACAACCAUAUGAAAAAGGCAUAAUCACCGAGUAAACGCGCGUAACUCGUUUUCUAAUUUGAAAAUAAAUUACGUAUUCUAGCGCCUGUCGUCCACAUUUAUUGGAAUUUAUUUUUUCCUGUUGAAUUUACUUAACAAUUUAUAAUGGAAAUACAUGUGCAAUUUAAUCUCAACUAUACAGGAAAAUGGUUUGAAGCAUGCAGAGCAAAUCUGGCAGUUGCUUGACGUCAGCCUGUGCCAGCGGGAUUAUAUGCCGAAAUGGUGGAAGCCAAUUUCUAAAAUCUAUUUCUCGGAUGCUUACUUACAUCCACAAUUUAAGAAUAGAGUUCGAUGUGUGACUGGAAAAGCUUCUAAAAAUGACGUGCUUGAAUGUUAGGGCAAUAAUAAGAAAUUACUUUUUAACUUAUUUUCUACAGUACCAGCCUCAUGGUCCCGUUGGGGAGGAUGGUCAGACUGUACGGUUUCGUGUAACACUGGAACCAAAACUCGAAGAAGAACAUGUGUUGGGACAAAUUCCGUGCUGAAUGAUGACCAGCGGUGUCAUGGAAAACCAUUAGAAACUCGAGAUUGCGCAACAUGGAAAUGUCCAGGUAAGAAACAUGUGCAAUGAAUCGGUAACUUCACGGAAACCAGGGAUAUAGAUUGAGGUUUGAGUGCCAAAAGAAAUGUCAGAGUGUUAACUACACAAUAAAAAAAUUCUGCCUUAAAUUAUUCUGCUAAUUACGUUCAGCGAACACUUCUCUGAUAUAGAUCUGCCAUCAAAAAUAAAUAUCAUGAAAAAAGUAUAAAAUUGUCCAACUUUAAAAUUUAAUCUCCAGAAGAAUUGGGAAACUAGAUUUCCAUCUGUUCGAAAGCAAAUUUGUCCGUUAGUUGUUUUCGUACAAAAAAAGUAAAUUUUCUUGCACUUCAAAAGUUUUAAUUUAGCUCAGCAUAUCAGUGCCUUGUGCUAGCCCGUGAGAAUGUCACUCAAGAGAAGCAAUGAAUGCCCUCUAACACAUUUCUUAAUUUAAUUACAUAACACAAAAUGUAGCGGGAUGGUUGAAUUUUCUUACCAUUUUCAACUAUCAUGUUUAACAGAUUGCAAUAAGCUUUGUGAAACAGGGAAGCUGAAUAGUGCCUGCGACACCUGUAUUUGUGAUGAUAACACACUAACCGGCAAAGUUAAAGACAACGCUGGAGUUCUCCUGGACAAUGCAACCAUUGCACUUGUUGAGUUUCCUUUUAAAAUAUUGGCAAGGACAAGCAGCACUGGAAAAUUCAUGUUAAAUGGGAUGUGCAUAUCGGAAGAUCAGAUCAUAGUGAGUAGAGACGGUUAUAUUCCACAGAAGAUAAGAACGACCAAGCUAAACCCUACAACAGCAACUGUGACUGCAAUCUUGAAGAAAAUCGGUAAGAACUACAAUGUUUGA